UAAUAACUAAUCUGUGUUUACUUUCUUGCAAGAGUUUUGCUUUCUUUCCUUCACGUUUCCUUGAUCCUUCCAUUCCAUGCAAAAUCCACUGAGAAUAAUUAGUUAAGUGACACCAUUACAAUUGUGGGAAUUGUGCCAUAGAAAACAAAUGUAAGACGUGGUAUUAAUUAAAUAUGGGAACAACAGAAGCAACACACUAUUGUAUGGGAUGUUUAUCUCAUAGAGACGAUAAACACACUGAGUCCUAUAAUAUUCAAAGCGAGGCUUUGAAAGCUGUGCUUCAGGUAAACAAUGUUAUGUUAUGUAACAUUUGUACGAAAUUUGUGCUCAAGAGUGAAAAGUUCAUACAGAAUGUGCAAAGAAAUCAAAAAUAUUUGGAAAACUUCAAAAACCUUACAGAUUCAACAAGAUUUGUCACUAAAGAGUUGGUCAGUCUGUCAGUUGUAUCUUUGUAUUCAUUUUAUCUGACUGGUGACAAUGAUGACUUGGAGUCGCCCAUUGUUACUGGACUGAGUUCACAAACCAAUGAGGUUGCAGUUAAAUUUGAACCCAAAGUGGAGUUGUCUUUAGAAUAUUUGGGCCAAGAAUUCUUGGAUGAACAUGAUUAUCAAGAAUCUCCUAUCAAAGAAGAGAAACAUGUAUUGGAAAAUUGUAAAGAAGAAAACAGACAAAAUCUUGACAAUAACAGCUUAAAACAACAGAAGGUAAAGACGGAAAAAACUAAAAAUAAAACCAUAUCAACAAAUGAGAAAAUACUACGAGUCAAAGUAAAAAAAGAAAAACUCAAGGAAAGGCAAAAACCACAGGAAGAUCCAAACAUACAAAUGUUUAAGAUAACUUUGGAACAAUGUAUGAAACGUAGAGCAAAAAUUCGAGAGGACCCCAAAUAUAAGAACUUGUAUUACAAAUGCGAGGACUGUAUCAAAGGGUUUAAUUUCAAAGAAACUUAUGACAAACAUAUGGAGGCACACAGCAAGGAAAAAGGAGAAUUUGUGUGUGAAAUAUGCAAGUGCAGAAAGGACACUUUACAAAAAAUGUUGGCGCACAAGCGAUGCCAUCACAUACGCUACCGGUGCCGCAAGUGUGGGCUGACCCGGGGCAAUCGGAAACUCGUCAUUGAGCACUACACCACCACCCAUAUGAACGACGCCUGCAAGUACAAGUGUCCACACUGCAGCAAAGUGUUCAACCGAGCACGUAACCUAACGAAGCACUUAGCUGUACAUGAAAUUGACAAAAGGGUACAGUGCAAAUAUUGUUCGAAGACUUUCGUAUCUAAUGCUGUUUUGAAGUCACAUAUUAUACUAAAACAUCCAACAACUGAAGCGUCUGGUCAAAGGGUAAAACAUUACGUAUGCAAAGAGUGCGGCGCCGGUUUCGUCACACCUUGUCUGCUCAAGACUCACAUGAUCAAGCAUUCCGACAAAAGGGACUUCUACUGCGUGGAAUGCGAUAAAGCUUUCAAAUCAAACAGCGCGUUGAAAGGUCAUCUCACGCGUGCAGCCGCGCACGUCAACUAUUCUGAUCGAAAAUUACAAUGUGAACACUGCGAGAAGAGGUUUGAAUCGCCCUCAGAAUUGGAUCGACACAUGUACAUUCAUCUCGACAGCCGGCCGUAUCCUUGUGAUAAGUGCGAGAAGGGGUACAGUACCUCGUGGGCCCUAACCCGCCACAAGCAGUACACUCACGAAGGUUAUAAGGAUACCUUGAAGUACCCCUGUUCUGUGUGCCACAAAAUAUUUGCGUUGAAUUCAACGCGCAAAACGCAUAUGCGCAUUCACACAGGCGAAAGGCCGUACGUUUGUUCUACGUGUGGAGCGACCUUUGCCCAGUCCGGUGCGCUCGCCACACACAACAAGUUGGUGCAUCUGCGCCUCACGAGGGACGGCAAGCCCAAGAAACAAGCCGCUAGCUCCUAGACUAUGUGCGGUGAUUCACAAGAAACAGGCCGCUAGCUCCUAGACUAUGUACGGUGAUUCACAAGAAACGGGCCGCUAGCUCCUAGACUAUGGGCGGUGAUUUACAAGAAACAGACCGCAUGAUUCACAAGAAACAGGCCGCUAGCUCCUAGACUAUGUACGGUGAUUCACAAGAAACAGGCCGCUAGCUCCUAGACUAUGUACGGUGAUUCACAAGAAACAGGCCGCUAGCUCCUAGACUAUGUACGGUGAUUCACAAGAAACAGGCCGCUAGCUCCUACACUAUGUGUGACGGUGCACAAGAAACAUCUCGCCUGCAACAAGAGUCUUCACUAAGUGCGGUGAAGCACAAGAAACAGGCCGCUAGCUCCUAGACUAUGUACGGUGAUUCACAAAAAAUAGGCCGUAAGCUCCCACACUAUGGAAUAUGCUGCGAUCAUUCUCUAUCUAUAAAUACGCCACUGGCUCCAAGAAUGUAAUAUACUAGCUGAUGCCGAAUAUAAGAAUAUAAUAUACGGUUUCACCCGCGUGGUUCCCGUUCCCGUGGGAAUACCGGGAUAAUAUAUAGCCUAUAGCCUUUCUCAAUAAAUGGGCUAUCUAACACUGAAAGAAUUUUUCAAAUCGGACCAGUAGUUCCUGAGAUUAGCGCGUUCAAUCAAACAAACAAACAAACUCUUCAGCUUUAUUAUAUUAGUAUAGAUGCGGCGAUGUUUCAAAGUUACUUUUAUUUGUUUUUGUUAAGAAAAUCAAACAGCUGUACAUUUUAAGUAAUAUUAAACUUAUCUAGACAUUGACAUUAAGCCAGUAAAGUUUUCACAGUUAUAUACAAUAAAUUACAUACAACAAUCGGGUAGAUAUACUCAGGAAAUUAGUUUUAAAACGUCUACGUUUUAUGAGAUAGUGAUAAUUCAAGUCAAAAACUUAAAAUUAAAGUUUGGUUCGAGAAGGGUCCACAACAAAUUCCACAUAAUUUUUUUGAAGACCUACUCAAUGACAUCCCACACUGGGUUAGACAAAAAAAACGUAAUCCCUACUUUACAUAUAGGGGAGGUACCCUAAAAAAUAUAUUUUUCUGUAUUUUAUUUUAAGACUUACGGCGUACCUUAUUUUUCUUAUUUUUACAUACUCUUACAUAUGUAAUUUUCUUGUACCAGUCCCUCAGUUAAACCUCGGACUGACAGAUGGGCGAGAAAUUAAAGGGGUUCCUAGUUGACUAUGGCACCGUACAAUUUUAAAAACACCAACUUGUCUUUUUAUUACAUUUUCCAUGAAAGUUUUGUCAUUUAAUUGUUUACUUAACGGUUCGAAGUUAAUUCUUUUGUUAGUGACAGGAAAAAAAAAUGUUAAUCAUUAUUAAUAAUUUUUACAUGAUUCAACGCGUUUCGGAGAGAAAAUAGCAAUUGUGACGAAGUUUUUGUAAUUAAUGUACUAAUAACUUACAUUUUUGGAAUCUUUAUUAAUAUGAACAUGUUUUUAAGUUAGAUGUACAACUUUGCCUAGUACACUUUUUUUCACUGUGACCGUUAAAAGUACAUACUUACGAAAAAAAACGUUUAUCAUAAAAAAGUUUAAAUAACUUACUUUGUAGUAGAAAAAUAUAAACUUUCACUAGUUGAAACAAUUGUUCAAAUAUAAUUCGUCAUCAACCCAUAUUCGGCUCACUGCUGAGCUCGAGUCUCCUCUCAGAAUGAGAGGGGUUAGGCCAAUAGUCUACCACGCUGGCCCAAUGCGAAUUGGUAGACUUCACACACGCAGAGAAUUAAGAUAAUUCUCUGGUAUGCAGGUUUCCUCACGAUGUUUUCCUUCACCGAUUGAGACACAUGAUAUUUAAUUUCUUAAAAUGCACACAACUGAAAAGUUGGAGGUGCAUGCCCCAGACCGGAUUCGAACCCACACCCUCCAGAAUCGGAGGCAGAGGUCAUAUCCACUGGGCUAUCACGGCUCUCAAAUAUAAUUAACAAGUCUAAAUUCAACGCUAAAGUAUUUUUUCAGCAUAUCAUUAUAUAGAAAAAAAUCAAUACAACUUGAAAACCGUAAUCUUUCUGCUAACCUAUUAUACUUCGUUAUUAUAGUGGGCCAUGAUGUCAGCUCGACGACUUACAGAGUAUUAUAAGUCGUACUAUUUACUGGACAUUUAUUUAUAAGUUAUAUUAACCUACAGUUAUUUAAUAUUUAAUUAAUAAAUGUGCUAUUGAA